AUGCCAUCUGCUCAUCGUCGGGUCUCGCCCCCGCAACCGCCCGAGGUGCGCAAAGAGCUGCCUGCGGGAAAUGGUUGCAUCCACCAGAGAUUUUCGAGAAAUAAAUCCAAAGCCCGCAAAGCACGCCCAGUUCUUCUCUCAUUUGACGAGCUGCCGGAAUGGCACCAAGAUAACGAGUACAUUCGUCAUGGCUAUCGCCCAAUCUCAGGCUCGGCUCAGGUUUCAUUCUGCAGUUGGUCCUACCUUCACAACGAGUCGGUAAACAUAUAUUCUCACUUGAUACCAGGGAUCGCCCUUCUGCUCGGCGAGUGGUAUAUCCAACAGUAUCUUGCAAGCAGAUACUCCAGGAUCACUGCCACUGAUCACGUCAUCUUCACCUUCUUCCUCUUGACUGCCGUUAUCUGCUUGGGACUGUCGACGACAUACCACACCUUGAUGAACCACUCCAAAAAGGUGGAACAACUCUGUCUGCAGCUUGACCUGGUAGGCAUAGUGGUCUUGACAUUGGGCGAUUUUGUCUCGGGAAUAUACGUGAUAUUCUGGUGCGAACCGUUGCAACGCAAGAUUUACUGGUCUAUGAUUGGAGUUCUCGGUGCGCUUACCAUCGUGAUCAUGAUCAAUCCGAAAUUACAGGGUCGCAAGUUCCGCGUUUUCCGAACACUUACGUUCGUGGCGCUUGGCGCGUCUGGCUUUGCACCAUUGAUACAUGGAAUCACGAUUUUUGGUUGGUCGCAAAUGGUAAAGCAAUCCGGACUGCCCUAUUAUCUGGCCGAAGGGGGCUUCCUUCUAACUGGAAGUUUUCUUUACGCAACCAAGUUUCCCGAGAGUCGAUAUCCAGGCAAAUUCGACGUAUGGGGCUCCUCCCAUCAACUAUUUCACAUCAUGGUGGUGCUCGCAACUGUGUCUCAAUUGGUUGGGAUAUUGGAGGCCUUUGACUAUAAUUACUUCCACCGAAAAUGCUCGUCUCUCUGAGCAUAGUAGAAUAUGGAUAGAAUUUCCACUACGGAGGAUUUCAAAACGCUAACUGUCAAGGACGAUAGAGAAGCCUAAAAUUAGGUUGCUGCUAGGGCGCAUGGCCGUUAUACGACUGCCCUUAUCCGAGUUGGGGUACUUUGAAGGGUCUGGAAAUUUGUUCUCCUGGUGUUCAUCGUCGGCUUUCAUGUAUCUCAGAUCUGACCUUGGGGAUGCAUUCCGAGCAUUG